AUGCCGCGCCGGAGGACGGCAGCUGAGGUCUUAGACGGUGCCGGAGAUGACGACGGCCGGUUUGAGAUCAAUGGGAACCGCAUCUUUCGUUCCCUCGCUUGCGACAAGCCUUACAAGGACAUGCUGGAGUUAUGGGCCGAGUAUCAAAAUCGAAAUCCGGGCGCGAGCAUCCAUGACCUGGCCACGGCAAAACGGUUCAUGAAACAGGUCGCUGAGACCAGUCGAGGCAAUCUCAAAGAAUCGCCGAUGAUUGUGAAUCCCGCGGGAGAGCGGGUGCGGGCCCCGACGUUGGCCUACAUCCAGCUCCGAUGGCAGCAGUUCAUCGCGAUGUGGCCGCGGCAGAAGGGCAACGAGAAGCUGGCCGGCGACUUGACAGAGUCGGUAUACCACUAUAUCAGGGACGUGCUCCGGAGGGAGAUCCCUCUCUCCCUGGCAACCAGACCGAUCUACUGGUUCACACUGGAACGAUUCAUCGUCCUACAAGAGCAUACGUGGCGCAGGGAAUGGUCGCUCAGCCGCCAUACCAGAACCCUGGUCAAUGACCAUGCGGGCGACCUUCUCGCGUGCUACACCUCCGGCCGCGUUGGUGAGCACCAUGAAUCCUCUGCCCGGCGCGGCAGCGGGCGUGGCCUGCUGUAUCGGGACAUCGUCUUUCAUGUGAUUCGAAAUGCGAAAGGGAACGCGGAGUUGAUCGUUUGUCCCACGAGAGACCCGAAGGGAGCGACCUUGUGUCCUAGCGACAGACCCGAGGGAAACCUCUACGAGGACAUGCAGCCACUGUACGCGAACCCAGUGCUGCCUUUCUUAUCCCAGGCACUUGCAGAUGGGUCCUUUGUUCGCUACAAGUCCUGGAGCGAGAUCAAAGAGAUCCCCGUGCCCUUGAAGGGGUUCCCGAUAGAGCUAGAAAUCCAUCCGGAGAAAUUGGAUUGUCCGGUUCUGCAGGAGGUCGACGGGGACGGGCCGCAGGGGAAGAUUCGGACAGCAGGCAGCUAUGCCAAGCGGCUGGCCAUGCGAGGGCGUCAUGCCGGAUUUGACGGGAACAUCAAGGUCCACGAUAUGCGACGGGAGGCGCUUGUCAAGGCUGACGAGAACGGCUAUUCGAUUGACGCACGGAUGCAGUUCGCGGGACAGCGGGACCCGAAGAUCUUUAACAAAUCAUACAACCACAAAAACCGAGUAAGUGGCGUCGACAGCUACUGGGGCCGGCCGCGGAGGGAAGACCACCUGCAGGAGAUACGGGCGAGCAACCUGAAGUACAAGCCGCAGCUACUACAUUGGCUGCCGGCCAAGCAACGGUACGACCUCGAACACGGACCGGAGUUCGUGAGUAUUGCCCAGGAACUCGCGGAUCUGCAGCAUGAGAAACAGCAGGAGGGCUUGACUGGCCAGGAGGUCUGCAACUUGACCGCACGACAAGGCCGGCUCUACGAAGAGAAACGUCAAUUGAUCCAAAUGGCGCUUAAGGCGUGGCAAGAGGAUCCACAAAGCAUGCCGCCGGGAAAUAAGACCGGCGUGAUGGAUCCGCAGACCAUAUUCUUUGAGAGAACCCGGCGACUCGAUCCGGUGCGGGACCGGCUUGCGGAAAACCUCUUUCUGGAUGUUCCUCUUCGCAGCGAGACCGGUGAUAUGGUGAUCGAGGACAUGAUUCGGCUCUGCAAGGGGGCACCGGAGGUUGCUUACCGUCCAAGUUGCAGGCCCACGGACAAGGGACAAUGCCUUGUAGAGGAUUGCGGGGAGAAUAUGGAGAGGCUUCGCCCCGACCAAAGGUGGCCUCACGUGUACAAAUGCUACCGGGAGGAUCUCAUACGCCAGCAUGGAUUUGCUCAGCUAUGUUAUAUCUGCGAUGAAUGGAUCUUGGGAAGACCUCCGUGGAUCGAGCACUGCACGGGCCAUCUCGAACAACCCGAAACCCUCCCCAUUCGCUGCGAACCGGUCAAUUUUCGCCUGACGGUGGCUUGGCCAGGUUACUGUAUCACGUGUAUAUUCAGCCAGAAGAAUGCGGACGAACGUUUGCGCUCCUGGGAGUACCCAAACCGGUGGAAGGAGCACGUCGACCGAUGUCUCCGGGAAUAUUGGGCGGCAAGCCUCUCGAGCCGAAAAGCAGUCUCAUGCUGUGAUCCGCGCUGUCAAGGCGACUAUGCGACAGAUUACGACCUGCGUUUUCACAUGAUUGACUGGCACGGUUAUCCACUCUCCAGAUCAGCACCAAAAGGUGUGUCAGACCCAGCAAAGGGGGACGUGGAACCGUUCACCUUCGUUUAUGAACGGCCGAAUCCUUCUUCGGGAAACGUCCCUCCCGUGGAUAUCAAACUAGACUGCUACCAGAAAGCACCUACUUCCUCAGAUCUGACUGCACCCGGAUGUGGCGAUCUAAUUGAAUUAGACACUCAGGCGGGGGUCUCGCCUCCCCCCCACCGAUCUUCUCCGGGUAUGGAGGCUCUGAUCGACCCGUGGCUCCUGAAUGAAGCGGCUGGGAGCGCCGCCUCGCUCGAAGUGACAAAAGAAGCGGACGUGAAGAUGAGGGCGCGACGCGACGCAGACGGCCGGCUUCGACCUCUACGGGGGGCUCCGUCCAGUGUGAUUGAGCUUGAUUGUCAGGGCCUGGUACACCACCGUAGCAGGUCCCGCAGCCCCGCUUCGAACAACAGUGACGGGCGAGCACAGAGUCGCUGCUUCAGCUGUCCAACGCAUGGCGGAGACGCCCAAGGGCCUGUGGUCCGUAAAAGAAAACGGUCUCCACACCCCGAUACCACACAGAAGUGUCGGAGAGUCUCAGAAAGGGCGAAGCCUUCACGGCGCGAGCAGUCUUCCUCGUCCCAGCACGUUGCCCACAAGGGGCCACCACCUGAACUCAUCGACGGCCAAGAAGAGUAUCUGGUCGACCGUAUCCUCGAUGAACGUAUAGUACCGAGAGGCCGUGGGUUUUCAAAGCAGUACCUGGUAAAGUGGAGAGGAUACCAACAGCCGACAUGGACUGUCGCUCGUCUCCUCGACGAUACAAAAGCUCUUGAUCAAUGGCUAGCCUGA